AUGUGGGGGGGGGUGGGUGGGGGGGGGGGGGUGGGGGGGGGGGGGGGGGGGGUGGGGGGGGGGGGUGGGGGGGGGGGGUGGGGGGGGGGGGGGGGGGGGGGGGGGGGGGGGGGGGGGGGGGGGGGUGGGGGGGGGGGGGGGGGGGGGGGGGGGGGGGGGGGGGGGGGGGGGUGUGGGGGGGGGGUGGGGGUGGGGUGGGGGGGGGGGGGGGGGGGGGUGGGGGGGGGGGGGGGGGAGGGGGGUGGUGGGGGGGGGUUGGGGGGUGGGGGGGGGGGGGGGGGGGGGGGGGGGGGGUGGGGGGGGGGGGGGGGGGGGGGGGUGGGGGUGGGGGGUGGUGGGGGGGGGGGGGGGGGGGGGGUGGGGGGGGGGGGGUGGGGGGGGGGGGGGGGGGGGGGUGGGGGGGGGGGGUUGGGGUUGUGGGGGUGGGGUGGGUGUGGGGGGUGUGGGUGUGGGGUGGGGGUUGGGGGUUGUGGGGGGGGGGGUUGGGUGGUUGGGGGGGGUGGGGGGGUGAGGGGUGUGGGUGUGGGGGUGUGUGUGGGGGGGGUGUGUGGGUGUGGGGUGUGGGGGUGUUGUGGUGUGGUGGUGUGGGGUGGUGGUGGGUGUGUGGGUGGGUUGUGGGGGGGGGUGUGGGGUGGGGGUGUGGGGGUGGUGGGGUUGGUGGGGGGUGGGUGGUGGGUGUGUGGGGGGGUGGGGGUGUGUGGGUGGGGGGGGGUGGGGGGUGUGGGGUGUGGGGUGGGUGGGGGGGGUGUGGGGUGGCGUUCGAGGAUGCACAUGGAAGUUAGACGACAGACAGCCAUAUUGGUUAAACGGGUUGCUCAAUUUCUGGUGCGGUUCAAUGUGUUUGAGCAGGAGUUGACAUUUCUUGCCUUUGCAUAG